GGCGUUGUGGGGGUGUUGCUUAACUUCCCCACACGUAACCGUACUCCCGAACCCAGAACUUCAUUUUCGCAGACCAGAUCUCGGUUCUGACCCUAAGGUUAGAGCCGAUCCUAAGAGUGUUCGAUCCACUCCAAGUAAGAUCGAUGGCGACUCCCAAAAAUGCCGACGCGACGACAUUCGGACCCCCGGACGGGACGGUUGCGACAGUUGGCGACUCCGCUGGGGACUAUUAGAGAGUCGAGCUACAUAAUUAAGUUCGAUAAGUUUUCUAUUUUCCUAUUAAAUGUUGGGUGUUUACUUUCUUAUUUGCGCAAUUAUAUUUUCGCAAUUUAAUUUUGCAUUCAUGCAUAAAAGCUCUAUACCCGAGCUAUCCUUUUAGAAAAUUGAAAGGAGUACCGUGACAUCCACAAUAGUGGUAGUCGCGCAAAACUUUCUAACCAAGUUGAACUCGGAUCCGAGGAUGAUCUCGAGGGAUCCAGCCAGUUCGAAAGAGCUAGGGCGGGAUACAACUUGGGAGCCAAAUCCCUAGGAAUUCCUUAACCAGCAUAUAGUAAACUUCGAAGCUACCCUCGACCAUCCAAAACAAUCCCCAAAGCCACCCUAAGACCAUGUCGGUACGCCAUCCGAAAGCCCUAGGUCUACCAAAUAGGAUAAUAAUGUAAUGAUAUAUGUUUGCUUAUCUAAAUGGAUGUCUGCUUGCGAUUUAUUGAUAUUGUGUUUUAUCUUUUACUCGCAAAACUAUGUGAUUGCAUAAAUGAAAAAUGUUUUCAAAAUUCAUAAGCAUCAUUCUGUCAUAACAUUUUCAUUCACUCAUUUACAACUUAUCAUAAAAAGAUAAAAAUGCAUGCAUGAUGAAAAAUAAAUUUGCAUCAUACAUCAUUAACAUUUGCAUAAGCAUCAUGCAUACAUACCCAUAAUAAAAAUGAAAAAUAAUUUGUCAGUUUUAAGAUGGUUCAGGGUGUCUAAAAUCAUUCAUCCACGAGGAAAGAGAGUCAAGUCUGUAAGUAUUUGACAAGAUCCAAGGUCGAGCCCAUCAUGGAGGCAUUCCAGAAGAAGAUGGGUGAUGUUGAAGGAAAGUUGACCGGAUUCGAUGAAAAGCUAUCUGGGUUCAAUCAAAAGCUAGAAGGUGUCGACGAGGUGAAAAAUCAACUAAAUUUGCUGAUAGGGAUGGUGUCAGCAAAGAACAAAGAGGUAGCAACCAAUGACGAAGAAAUGUCAGUUUACAAUGACGAUAAUGGCAAGCCACGUAAUGGGGGCAAUUCGGGAAAGAAAUUCAUCAGUAUACCCAUAAACGAGAAGCUUGAUAAAGACAAAAUUGGAUCAUCAAAACUUGAUGACUCGCAAGGGAGACGGAAGUUAAAAGAAACUGUGAUCGAUGCCACAUCAAAAGAAAAACUUGAACGACUCGAUGAACGAAUAAGAGCUAUAGAAGGAACGGAGUCAUACGGGCCCACAGAUGCAUCGCAAUUAUGUUUGGUCCCAGAUGUGAUAAUACCUCACAAAUUCAAAAUGCCAGAAUUUGAAAAGUACGAAGGUGCUACUUGCCCUAGAAGUCACAUGGUUAUGUACUGCAACAAGAUGGCUAACCAUAUUCGGGAUGAAAAAUUGAUGAUACAUUGCUUCCAGAAUAGCUUAAGCGGUCCAGCUCUAAGAUGGUAUAUGCAACUCGAAAGAUCAAAGGUGAAGAGAUGGCAAGAUCUGGCUGAUGCAUUCUUCAGACACUAUAAGCAUAACCAAGAUUUAGCUCCAGACAGGGAGGACUUGCGUAAUAUGGAAAAACAUGAGAAAGAAUCUUUUCGCGAAUACGCCCACAGAUGGCGAACAAAAGCCGUAGAUGUUCAACCUCCUCUAUCAGAGAAAGAAAUGGUGUCAAUCUUCUUCGACACACUCAAGCCUCCCUACUACAACAACAUGGUAGGAAUAACCACGACUAACUUUAUCGAUCUUUUGAUAAUCGGUGAAAGGAUAGAAAAAGGGAUCCGACAAGGCAAGAUGGAAAUACCAGAAGGCUCCGCGAGACUAAGCCAGAACAAGAGAAAGGAAGAAGAGGUAUAUUCAUCCCACAAAGAAGCAAAAGAGAAAACACGAAAAAGCAAUUUUCAAAAUAAUCAAGCCCUCCCAUAUGUUGCAACUACCACACCAAUAUUGCAACCACCAAACUUCAUGAAAUCAACGAUCCAAAAUCCCACACCAAUACCACGACAAGGUGCCAAUCGAGAUGUUAGUAUCACAAGGAAAGCAAAAAGGGUAUUUGACCCUAUCCCGGUCACGUAUACCGAACUCUUCCCUCGAUUACUCCAUGAUCAUCUAAUCACCCCCAUUCCGGGCGAGACUCUGCAACCUCCAUUUCCAAGGUGGUAUAGGUUCGACAAGCAUUGCGAUUACCAUUCGGGAGUCCAAGGGCAUUCAGUGGAAAAUUGCAACGCUCUGAAGAUAAAAGUUCAAGACAUGGUAAACGCCGGAUGGUUGAAGUUUGAAUAAGAGGAGAUCGUUUACACGUCAACAACAACCUGCUGCAGACUCAUGGAAGUCAAUAAGCAUAACCCCAAAUAAAUAUCGAGAUAGCUCGCCACGAUAAAAAUGUAUCACCUUUUGCUUUCAUCAUGAGAAAUAAAAGGUUACUCAUGUUUCUACCUUCUCGGAGCAUUUCGUGAUCAUUAUCAAUCUCGAUUUUGGAUUUCGCAUCAAUGGUCCCUAUCUUUCCAAGUAAUAAAAAUACAUUUCACGA